AUGGCGACCGCUUCGCCCACCCCCCUCGGCGCUUAUAACCGCAUGCGACAGCCCUCGACUCGACCCUUUUCGCGACGAGACUCGCCGCUCUCCGUGCUUGGGCAAUCGCACGGCUUCUCCGCCGACGCGCCCAUGAUGCAGAACAUCAACAUUGGCGACAGCUCCGACGACGAGGUGCCCCAGCCCAUGAAGCUGAGCGCCCUGACAACCGCCCUCCUCGCUCAGAACGAGAUCAACUCGCCCGAGAAGCAGACCCGGAGGCCGAAGCUGCGCAUAUCUCGCAAUGGCUCGGGAUCAGAAUCAAAUACGCCAGUCCAAAACACUAUUACGCCAGCGCCGUCGUUGCGUAUCAAGAGAGUUCAAGUACGCGGAGCGCCUAUGAGGAAGAUACGGCGGACGCCACAGGGAGAUGAUGACCACCCACCGUCGCAAGACCAGGAGAAUCUCCCGCCAUCAGUGAUCAGGCAAGAGUCAAAGGUGGAACCCAUAAUGAUGAAGGUCGAGAGCAUUCAACGGCCAACUGUGCAACAGCCCUUAGCUCAGCGCGAAGAGAAGCCAAUGCCACUAUCCCAGGUCAGCGUCAACACACCCCGAAGACCAGCGCCUCCGCCACCUCCGCCCAAGAUGUCAGUCCUGGAAACUGCAACGGCGGCAGCGGGGGCGGCGACUACAAGAACUCGGGAGCGACGGAAACGGGGUCACAUGACGGUGAAUGGAAAGCAAUACUCGCAUAUGGGGAAGCUCGGGAAGGGUGGAAGUUCGGAAGUCUAUCGAGUUAUGGCGGAAAACACGAAGAUGUUUGCAUUGAAGAGAGUAAAAUUAGAAGACGCUGACGAAUGCGCUGUACGUGGUUAUAAGGGUGAAAUCGAUCUACUGCGGAAAUUGGAUGAUGUCGAAAGGGUUGUGAGAUUGUUCGAUUGGGAGGUGGACGAGAACAGACAAAUCCUCAGUGUCCUUAUGGAAAUUGGCGAAUCUGAUCUUGCGCGCGUUCUGCAUAUGAAACUCGAUCCCGAAGACGCAAAGCUCGACCUGUGUUUCACGCGGUACUACUGGAAAGAGAUGCUCGAGUGUGUGGCUGCGGUGCACGAGUACGACAUUGUGCAUUCUGAUCUCAAGCCAGCCAACUUCCUAUUAUGCUCAGGGCGGCUAAAACUAAUCGACUUCGGCAUCGCAAACGCAAUUGAUAUUGACAACACUGUCAAUGUCCACCGGGACAGCCAUGUAGGAACACCCAACUACAUGUCGCCCGAAUCUCUGGAAGACACCAACGCGGGAAUGCGAGCGCAGCCUGGCGCUAGUUUGGGAAAGAUGAUGAAACUAGGGAAGCCAAGUGAUGUGUGGAGUCUUGGAUGCAUCCUCUACCAAAUGGUAUACGGACGGCCUCCAUUUGCGCACAUUCCGAAUCAGAUCCACCGCGUCAUGGCCAUCGUAAACCCCUCCGUCAACAUCGAAUACCCGCCGACAGGCGUUGGCGGUGUCAAGGUGCCCGCCGGCCUACGAUCAACGUUGCGACACUGCCUCCAGCGAGACGCCUCUCGCCGACCUUCAAUAGCUUCUCUCUUAAACGAAAGAGACCCAUUCCUGUACCCCGACGCUGGCGAAGACCUACGAAUCCCACAAGAGCUGCUCGGCCAGAUUAUCCAACGCGUAGCGGACAGGUUUAGAGAUCCAAAGAAGGGACCACCAACCGAUGAGGAAAUAAGACAGUACCCCGCGAGUUUUUACUUAAAGAUAAGAGAUUUGCUGGAAGUUGGAUAGCUGCUCGUCUAUUGGUUAUAACUCUUUGAAGAAGCAUGCUUUCACGAGUUCCUUUUAUUCUUCCUUUCUCGAGCAUUCUUCGCGGCAUCGAGCGUUGGAGCUUGCGGUUUCUUUCCAAGCGGAGCGUUUGGCUUGUGGAGUUUUGGAUUCCCUCGUCCCUUUCCGGUUGGAUAUCCCAGCCUUGGUUAUCAGGCUCUUGUCCUACAUAUUGUGUACUUACCAAGAUCCUCACGGGAGCUUUUCUCGCUCUUCGAAGGGGGCCGUUCGAUUACACUCCCCUGUACAUAUUACUUCUCCUGUGCGCUCAAGAGCUUUGUUUGGCUAGUAGUGAGGCUAAAUUAUAUCCUAACUCUAAAUCCUACC